UUAAGUUACACAUGACUUCCAACAGUCCACCGUCGGUCGUCUAUGUUGUCUUUUACGUCACCGGUCGCACCCUCCCUUCGGUGGUUGACACAUCUUUAGAAGAUCCACAAGAAGGCAAAGACACUUUAUUUUGUUUUAAACUUUUGUUUCAUGUCUCUCAGUUGGCGUGACUCUACUAGCAAACAGAACCCCCCCAGCUCCGGUUAGCAUUGCGGCUAAUUGUUUUGCUAUUAAUAGUUACUUUAUUUCGCUUAGUUGGAUCACUUAAUGCUUUUUUUCUGCAGAUGUUUGACACACGCAUCGAACUUCACUACAGUUCUGGCGGAAUUCUAAUGGAGUGAGACACUGCAUUUUUUUUUUUUUUUGGAUCUACGCAUCGGAGCGAAUAAACGAAAACCAAUCAUCCACUUUACAUUCGCCGUCAUCAACAUCAAUGGAUACGAUGGACACUUUACAGAGCUCUGCCCCAGAAACCAAAGCCGAGCGGAUCGCUCGCUACAAAGCCGAGAGGAGGAGGGAGCUCGCCGAGCGCUAUGGCACCACUGAGGAAUUUACCUCCAAAUAUGUCCGCAGCAGGGAGAGGAAAAUUGCAGAUUCAUCCGAAACAAAGGCGAAGGAGAAAUACGAGGAUAACGCGUCGGAGGAAAGGUACACCAGGAGAGGCGUCAAGAGUAAAGUCGAUAUUGACGCUGAUUACGGAAUGGAGAAACUGAAGCACAACACUAUUUUAACUUCAAAAACACAAGUUGAGUCUUCCAUCAAGACCGAUAUUAGGAGGCAAACAGCUGAUGACAAAGAUGGGUCAAAUGUUGACCAGAAGACUUCAGAUGCAAGGACUUACACUUCCAAGAUGUCUCUCUUAAAGGAUCGGGAGGACAGAGUAAACCCCCGGCCGAUCGGCGGUAAUGAGGAGGACGCUCCUGCAAGCAAAGAAAUGGCAGACGCUACAAAUGAGUCUUCGGCGAAGGAGCAACAUGAACGUGACGACGCUCUGGAAGAAAUAAAGGCCGUUUCACUCCAGCGUCAAGACUCCUCCGGGCCGCGAGGCAUCAAGGGGAUCCUGAAGAAAAGCCGUUCCACAAGCGUGGAAUCCGACCAAAGCGAAGGUUCGACGCAGGACUGCACGUUGGUCUGCCAAAGCAACAUCAUCCUGAGUCACUCCAAAAGUGAUAAUGAUGAUGAAGAGGAGGUGUACGGAGAAGAGGAGGAUCAGGACAAUAAUGAGGAAAUCGACGACGAUGACGAUAUCACUGACGGAGGGAGCUUUGACAUCCAGACGACGACGACGCGGCGGCGGAGCGAGCGUAGUAGCAGUAGCAGCUGCAGCCGAGGGAGUUUGGACGAGAUGCAAAGUCCCUCACCGGAUGAAAGCCUGGAGGUGACCUCUACGGUGUCUGAGGACACCGAGGAGCUGGACAGUUUAGACGGGAGCCAGGGUUCCUCUAUCAGACAAAGACUAGCAGAGUUCAGCAGUGGUGACGGUGAGAAGAAGGAAAAGGCAAAGAAGCUCAAGCCGUCUGAGACGGUCCAGACAUCGCUAGCCGAUCGCUUCAGCCAGCUCCACGAUGCUGAGAAUGCCUGGAAGAAAAAGAAAUCCAGCGUGGAUACGACAUCCAAGGUGUCUCUGGCUGAGAGGAUGAAGGUCCUGAAGGACAAGGAGGAGCAAUGGAAGAGUAAAGGCAAAGGAGCAGCUAACGAUUCCAUCCAGUUCACCGUAGCAGGACGCAUGGCCAAGAGAGGGCUAGUGACGGACGCCGGAAAGGAAGAGUCUCGUCUUACGCCGCUCAAAAAGUCAAACGCCACGCCUGUGAAACCACACGAAGAAAUCUCCAGUAGAACUGCUGUCAAGGUGGAAGGAGACAAACGUCUGGAUAAACUCGAGUCCUUCCUGGACAAACUUCACAGCAAAGGUGUCAGCAAAAGCAGCACGUCCACCAUUGAAGUGACGGCUGAGGCUGAGAAGGAAGUCAUGACUCUGGAUGAUGAGGAGACCUUCGGCAACUUCUAUAGGUCCAUCUCACCCUCGUUUCUUCGGGACGUCAUCGUCAGCGAGGAGGACCUGAGUCACGUCCAGGCUCACACACCCAAGCUCACCUCAGCCGUCGCCGAGCACAAACGUGCGGUGAGGCCAAAUAGAAGGAACCAGGGAUCCAGGAACCCUCUGAAAGCACUGGCUGCACGUGAUGACAUCAGGCAGGUGUACACGGAACAGAGGCUCAACAUCGCCACAGUGGAGACCAAGAGGAUUCAAGUGGAGAGGAUGGCGAAACACUCCAACCUGGCCGACGUAGCCCUGGCAGGCCUGGCCAGCAAGGAGAACUUCCGCAAGGUCAGCCUGCGUAGCGUCAAGUCAACCGAUGUUGUGACCAACAACAGCGCGCUGCCCUUCAACAAGCUAAUGCUCAUACGCAUCAAAGGUCGGAGGCACGUUCAGGUGCGCCUGCUGGAGCCCACCUCAAAAUCCCUCAACAGCGGCGACUGCUUCCUCCUCAUCACGCCCAAGCACUGCUUCCUGUGGAGUGGCGAGUUUGCCAACGUCAUUGAGAAGGCGAAGGCGUCGGAGAUGGCGUCCUUUGUCCAGGCUAAGAGAGACCUGGGGUGCAAAGCCUCUCAGGUGACGGUUUUGGAGGAGGGCAUCAACACAGACAGCAGAUGGGCCAAAGAGUUCUGGAGUCUGCUUGGAGGGAAAAGACAGUAUAGAGGAGCAGGAGAACCAGAGGAGGAUGAGCUGUAUGAGAGCGGGGUGCUGGACUCCAACGGGAUCUACAGACUCGAGGGAGACAAACUGGUCCCUCAUGAAGACGCCUGGGCCUCUAUCCCGAGUGUCUCCUUGCUGGACUCUAAAGAGGUUUUGGUGUUUGACUUUGGCAGUGAGGUGUAUGUGUGGCACGGCAAGGACGUGUCUUUGGGUGACAGGAAGGUGGCAGUGAAAUUGGGCAAGCAGCUCUACAGUGGCAGCUAUGACUACACCAAUUGUAGGGUUAACCCUUUAGAUGCCUCCUGUACUGAUAACAACAUACCACAGCAGGGGGAGGGCCGCCCUAGUUGGACUCUGUUUGGUCGUCUAUCAGAACACAACGAGACGUCCCUGUUCAGGGAGAAGUUCCUGGAUUGGGCCGAGAGAAAGAAGGAGGAGGCAGCCGUAAGGGAGGAAGUCAAGAGCCCGGUCCACUCCAAUGUCCGCUCCUCCCCCGACCUGGACCUGCAGCCAUGCGAAGCCAGAGCACUGCUGGACAACGAGCCGGACCCGGUUAGAACCAUUCUGGAAGGGGUGGACGUCCAGCGGGGGCAUGGCGUGGUGAGGACUGAAGACAACAGGCAGGCGGAGUUGGCCACGGUGGCUGUGGAGGCCUGGCAUAUUAAGGAAUACGGGGAGGAGGAGGUGCCGAAGGAGAGUCUGGGACAGCUCCAUGAAGGAGAUGCUUAUAUAAUUCGCUGGAAGUACUCCAUUACCACACUUGUGGGAAAGCGACAGAAACCAGGAGAACUGACUGCUGGAGCUCCAGGGAGGGAGAGGACCGCUUGCUUCUUUUGGCAGGGCCUCCAGUCCAGCGUGAGCGAGAAGGGAACCUCUGCUCUUAAAACUGUGGAGCUGGGCAACUUUAGGGGCUCACAAGUUUUGGUGACCCAGGGGAAAGAGCCCCCCUGCUUCCUGCAACUGUUCCAGGGGGGUUUGAUCAUCCAUAAGGGCAGUCGAGACGACUCUGUCAGAAACACUGCAGUUUGGAGGUUAUUCUGCGUGCGAGGUGAAGUAGAAGCGGAAGCCAUGCUGGUGGAAGUGGACUGCUGCAGCGCCAGCCUGCGCUCGCGUGCCGUCCUGGUCCUGCUCCACGCUCGGGAGUCUCAUGUAUACGUGUGGAGAGGUUGCAAAGCCCACGCCGGUGCCAGGCAGGUUGCUACAAGAGCAGUGGACCAGCUCUGCCGGAGGUGCCCGUCUGAGUUGGAUCUGAAGAGCGACAGCCGAGUGAAGGUUGAAGAAGUCGAGGAAGGAGCUGAGCCUGCAGAAUUCCUGAAGGUUCUUAGUGUGCAGGACAGGAAGUCCUACGACUGCAUGCUUCAAGAUCCCGGGAAGUACAAUUACACCCCCAGGCUGUUCCGCCUGAGUGCCAGUUCCGGUGCGUUCGAAGGGGAGGAGCGUCUGUCCCCCGCCAGGGUGAUGGAGGGCGUCAUGGCCAUGCCGUUCCUCCAGGAGAACCUCUACUCCGCACAGCAACCCGCGUUGUUCCUACUGGACAACCGCAUGGAGGUGUACCUCUGGCAGGGGUGGCAACCCGAAGAGGAGCAAUGCACGGGAUCGGCAAAGAUGCGCUGGGACAACGAGAGGAAGUGCGCCAUGGAGACGGCGUUGCUGUACUGCAAAGAAAAGACUACUCGGCGACCCCCUCAGGCAUAUCUUGUCAUGGCAGGCUGUGAACCUCUCACCUUCACCAACAUCUUCCCAUAUUGGAAGAAGGACCCCCGUAUUGCUUCAAAAACUGAGAGCUCCAAGAACAAGGUGACCUUAGUGAAGGAGGUGCUGUCCAAGCUUAGUAAGCUGCAGUACUCCAUCGAGGAGCUCACAAGUUCGCCUCUUCCCGACGGAGUGGAUCCUCUCCGCCUGGAGGAUUACCUCUCCGACCAGGACUUUAAGAAACUUCUGGAAAUGAGUCGUGUGGAGUUCAAUGCCUUGCCCAACUGGAAGCAAAAGAACCUGAAGAAGAGCAAGGGGCUUUUUUAAUAAAACUUUUUAUACAGGCAAAAGAAUAGUGACCUCAUUUUUUUUUUGUUAAAAAAAACUGUUCAUUUUGUUUUUUAUAUCCAUUUUAUAUGAAUUAUUCCUCAUUUAUUCCCAUUACUAUGUGCAAUGUUGUUUCUUAUGUGGUAAAAUAGUAAUAAUCGUAUUAUGUAAUAAUAUGUAAUAUACUAUCAAUGUAUUGUUUUUGUGCCAGAAUGUAUUAAAAAAAUGUCUGUGGUUUAAAAGUGGGAGUUUUAAUUGUUAUAUCAUAAUUUUGUUUUUUAUAUUUCUCACUUGUGGCCUUUUGAAAAGCUCUUCUAAACAAAAAAAAGAGACCUUUCUUUUAAAAUAUUUGUAUUGGUACUGAAUAAUUAGUGAUUUUUCAGUAAUCAUGGACCAAAUUAGACAUUUUUAAGCCUUGCUAACAGUGUUGAAAGUGUGAAAAGUAUUAAAUGUUAAAGCUCUUUAAACAUGUUACAUGUAUGUUCCUAUGUCCCUAGUCGCUCUUUAACCAGGAAAGCAAUGUAUUAUAUAGAUGAAUAGCAGUUUUUAUUGUUAUUUUGGCACAUG